AUGGUGCCCGUGUUCAGUAUUGACUAUAAUUUCGCUAAAAUUAACAAGUGUUUGUUCUUCGUAGAGUUUCACGCAAAAAUUAAUAAAAUUGCAGUUUGGUCGACAUUUGUGAUUGGAAAACCGGCGACAAAAUCGCCAAAAGUUUGUCGUUGGACGACGAUCAUUCACAGGCGCCAUUCUUGCAUGUAAGCACUGAAAAGGCGCGGAAAGUCAAUAAAAAUCAACUUAGAUCGAAGCAUACGGCUCCCGGAAUCGUCGUUGCCGAAUUUCCGAGGAUGACGCGUUCGACGAGCUCGUCUGUUUGCAUCUUCACGUUCUCCACAACGUCCACGUCGCGAGAGACUUCAUCACCGCUCAGGGCACUCAGAUACAGGUUUGAAUUUAAGAACAAUUUGAAAAUAAACAUGUACUUUGUUGAAUUUCUCUCCUUUUUCAUAAGAUUCUUCGCCUAACUUAUAAGAAUUCCCAGCUUUACCGUAGUAUUCCGUAAAGUUCAGAAUUUUUCUGAAGACCUUUGAAAAACCAAAUAAAUUCUAGAUUUUCUCGGAUUUUUUCCAAAUUAAUUUGUAGAACAUCUUCAAAUUCACAUUCCAGAUGAUCCAACUGUUCAACAAGGAGAUAUUGCAAAAGCGGAAAGACGAAAACUGGUUUCUGCCCGUUUUCUACCAUCUCUGCACCGAUUUGCGGUGGCUGAGCAAGCAGGCGGAGACGUGCAUUUCGGACGAGGACGAGGGCGAUUCGACCGCGAAUUCGUUCUUUGAAAGCGCCGCCAAAGCGAUCACCGAGUGUUACCGUACUUGUGUUUCGGACGUGUGAGUCGGACAUAGGUGUUUUGAGUUGAGCGCCGGCAUUUCGGGACACGCGAGUGAGAAGGGCCUGAUUCGGAAAUUUCAAUCCGACCGCCAGAUCGGAAAAAUGUUGUGGCGUUUCUCAAACACCGCGCACCUAUGGAGUCGAAAACAAUGCUAAAAGGUGGAAACUGUCUUUGUUUUCAGACACGCCGAAGCGGGGAAAUCGAAGAAAGUGGCGAUGCUGAACAUGACGAAUCAACUAUUCCAGAUCUACGUUCAGGUGCGUCUGCCAAUUUCCACAUGUUUCCCGAAAAACUGA